CUGGGUGGACGCAGGAAGAAACUAAAAUAACUACUAGUUUAAACUACUCGUUUUUUUUUUACGAUGCUUAUAAGUUUAUUGGUGUUAUGUGCUUUUUUAAAUUGCAACAAUGGCCAGAUAUGUUCGAAAAAGAUUACUGUGACCAAAUGGGUAGAAGAAGACACUACUUAUUCCGUUAAGGAGAAAAAGUGCCUUUUGAUUAUUUUGUGCAAGACCUCAACUAAAACGGACCAUGCCAGAAAGCCUGUGCUAAAAAAAGAGACUAUUGCUGUUCCAACAUGUUGCGAUGGAUAUCGAAAUAUUGAUCCUUCUGGAAUACCAGUAUGCUGCGAUGGGUACAAAAGGGCCGAUAAUGGGUCUGAAGUUGAUUUCAGCAUGAACUGCGUCCCUAUAUGUGAUCCUCCAUGCGGCGAUAACGGCACUUGCAUAAAGCCAGAUAUAUGUAAGUGUGACUCUGGAUAUCAACUUGACAAAAAAAGUAAUCCAAUGUGCAUCGCGAACUGCAAAACUCCCUGUGGAAAUGGAACUUGCAUAGGCAGAGACGAAUGUAGUUGCGCGAAAGGUUACAAGUUCGAUAAAUACCAUAACCCAAUGUGUGUACCACAGUGCGAAAGAAAUUGUGGACAUGGACCUUGCAUUGCUCCAAAUGAAUGCCUGUGUAAUGCAAGAUAUACAUUUGACUAUAAAAGUAAUCCAAUGUGCGUACCAAAUUGUAAAACUGAAUGUGGCAAUGGGACUUGCAUAGCACCAGAUGAGUGCACGUGUGAUAUUGGAUAUGAUAUAGAUUACAGCAAAAGCCCAAUAUGUGUACCAAAAUGUAAAAAUGAAUGUGGUGAAGGAAUUUGUGUAGCUUCAAACGAAUGUAAUUGUAAAAAAGGUUACACAUUUGAAAAAUACCAUAACCCAAUGUGUGUACCACAGUGCGACACAGAAUGUGGACAAGGGUUUUGCAUUGAGCCAAAUCUAUGCAUGUGUAAUGCAAGAUAUACAUUUGACAAUAAAAGUAACCCAAUGUGCGUACCAAAUUGUAAAACUGAAUGUGGCAAUGGGACUUGCAUAGCACCAGAUACAUGCAAAUGUAAUAUGGGAUAUGAGUUAGACUACAUCAAAAGCCCAAUGUGUGUACCAAAAUGUAAAAAUGAAUGUGGUGAAGGAACUUGUGUAGCUUCAGACGAAUGCGAUUGUAAAAAAGGUUACAAAUUUGAAAUAUACCAUAACCCAAUGUGUGUACCACAGUGCGAAACAGAAUGUGGACAAGGGUCUUGCAUUGCGCCAAAUCUAUGCAUGUGUAAUGCAGGAUAUACAUUUGACAAUAAAAGUAACCCAAUGUGCGUAUCAAAUUGUAAAACUGAAUGUGGCAAUGGGACUUGCAUAGCACCAGAUGUAUGCACGUGUGAUAUUGGAUAUGAAAUAGAUUACAGCAAAAGCCCAAUGUGUGUACCAAAAUGUGAAAAUAAAUGUGGUGAAGGGAAUUGUGUCGCUGUAAAUGAAUGUGAAUGUCAUGAAGAAUACAAAUAUAACAAAGAUAAUAUUACAAUAUAA